AUGGAGCUAUACAAUUCUGCUUUUGGAAAAAAUGUAUCUUUUGUGCACCCUGCAUACUUUAUAAUAAGUGGAUUUAUUGGCUUACCUAACAUUAUGUUUUACUACGUCUUUCUCUUCUUUGUCUUUAUUAUUUCAGUGCUUGGAAACACAUCUGUAAUGGCUUUAAUAUAUCUGGAUCAUAAUCUUAGAACUCCAAAGUAUGUUGCAGUUUUUAAUCUUGCAUUUGUGGACCUGCUAGGUAGCUGUGCUCUGGUUCCAAAGCUUCUUGACAUAUUUUUGCUUAAUCACUAUUAUGUCCCCUACAAUGAAUGUUUGACAUUCCUGUUUUUCUGCUAUACCUGCCUGUCUAUGCAGGCUCUUAAUCUAGUUGCUCUCUGCUAUGAUCGACUAAUGGCAAUAAUGUUUCCUCUGCACUAUCCAGUGAAGGUUACUCAUAAAAUUAUGUUUUCCUUAAUUGCAUCUUUUUGGCUGUUUGCUGUAUUAGCUGUGCUCAUUGCAGUUGGCCUUCUUACAAGACUAUCCUUCUGUAAAUCUGUGGUUAUUAACAGCUAUUUCUGUGACCAUGGCAAGAUAUUUGAACUUGCAUGCAAUGACAAUUUUCCCAAUUUAGUCAUUGGUUUUCUGUUGCCAUUUCUUAUUCUUUGGCUUCCUAUGGGUUUCAUCUUAUCCAGCUACGUUUGCAUUGGAUAUGCUUUAGUUAAAGUCGCUGCAGCUAAAGAAAGGGUGAAGGCACUAAAAACCUGCACAGCUCAUCUUUCAUUAGUGGCUAUCUAUUUCAUCCCCAUAUUAAUAACAUUUACUUUAGGUCCAGACAUACAUCCAAAUGCCAGGAUCAUUAACUUGUCAUUGACCUCAGUAUUUCCACCCCUGUUGAACCCAAUCAUUUAUGUUUUGUAUACACAAGAAAUCCGAUUAUCAUUGAAAAGAAUAUUAAACUUUACUCGGCAAGCCAAGGUCAUUGCUAAGUAA